ACAGUAGACAUUUGAAAAAUUCUAACGCAAGCUUGAAAAGAAACUUCAAUUCUUCCCAUCAUUUGAACCAAUCCCAUCCAGGAAAAUCCAGGUCCAGAAGAAUUCCAAAUUCAAGUGCAACUCCAAGGGACCGAACGAGCUCGGAAAAAGUAAACAUGUCCUCUAUCAGCUGCGAAUGCGCCCAGGAAGAUGGUCACCCAUGCCCGGGGUAUGGCGGCGACUACGUGUGUCCCCACAGUCCUAGGAACCAAUCCACUCCGAACGUCAGCUCUUACUCGUCCUGCUCCUCCGGUGUUGAUGGGGACUGCGAACUUUCCGGUUCCUCAACCGACACUCUGGAGGAACCGAGCGUCCGGGUCAUCAAUUUGUGUCGACUUUUUGAGGAAAAGAUUAGAAGUCUAGAAAAGCUGAACGCCCCUGUUUCUAGGAGAGAUUCCAAGGCUUCCAAGGUUUCCAAGGAAUCGGGUGAGUCAAUCGGAAUCGAACCAAACAAAUCCGAUGCCACUUUGGUUCCGCCAACGGAACAUGCUUCGGCGGAACAGAAUAUGGGGGACGAGGAAGAGCAGGAGGAGGACCCACGCUACUUCAAGAGCCACACGAAAAUCGUUUCGAUCCCGAAUGGAGUCAAAAUCAUAACGACCAUUUUCUCGGACGACCAAACGGUCCGACUGAGCGAUGAACAGAGCGCGGUUUAUGAGACGUUGAUCUAUCCGGAGAGUGAAAUCAUCAAUCGAUUCCAGCAAGAGGUCAGUCUCAAGAUGGAACAGGAUCAGCGGCUUGUCGUUUGUCAGAAAUUAAAAUCUGAUUCAACCGAAAACAGGGAGGUAACAGUUUGAAAAUGGUCAACAUAAAAAGAAAAAUCACUCAAACUAAAAUCUUAAAAGUCAAUCAAACACUAUCAAGUUUUUUUUUCUAAUUA